GAAAGCCCUCAGCAUCUCUCCACAGCACCAAGGGCAAGGAUUCUUCUUUCACUGCUUCGCCUUUGAAAGCUGCCUGCCAAGAUGUGAAGCCUACACAUACCCAGGGGCACCCCCAGGCGUUUUUCUGCUGGAAAAAGGUGGGAGUGCCAGCAGAGCCUAUUCUGCUCUGACACAAGCCCCGGGGCUCGCUGCAGGGCUCUGGGAGCUCCCUGCCAUCAGGAUCUCCAUCUCCAUGGCUGGGGAGUCCCGCAUUCCUGCCAGCCUGCAGCGCUGGCGGCUCCGAGCUGAGGACAAGGUGCUGGAUUUUGAGUUUGAGGUGCUGAGCGCCCAGUUCAACCGGCGUGGUCGCUAUGCCCUGCGGCUCUCCGUGGAGAACCCACUGCUGAGGGACAGUGGGGACGGUGUCCGACUGCGCAUUGGGGAUGGGGACAGCGUGCCCACCAGGACCGGCACCACCGACACCGUGCUGCAGGGUCACCUGGGGGAGAUCUGUGCCUUCCAGAGGAAGAAGUUCACCUUCACCCUGCCCAGAGGUUACUGCAAGAACGACAAGAACCACGAUGUGCGGCUCCACAUCGAAGCCUUGCACUGCCCUGGGACCCUACUGAGGAGGAAGAGGGUGGGUGAAGCCUUCUUUGCCAUCUAUCCCCGUCCUGACCAGCCACGGCUGAAGCUCCUGGCAGGGCGAGAUGAGGACUGGUAUCGCUACAGCGCAGUCCAUGCACUGCGGCCGCCUGGCCUUCAUUGCUGCCCUGCAUGA